UGUCUAUUUGUGUGUCCUAGGGCCCCUCUUCCCCCGUCCAUCGUCCAGAGAGCGGCGCGGACGCCUUGUGGCUCAUUGGCCCUUGCAGGCCGUGCUGUGUCCCGAGGAGCUGGCGGCGGCCUUCCGAUACGACCUCGGCGUGCUGUGCGGCUCAGCGCACAGAGCCUCCAGGCGGGCCAGCCGGAGUCGGAGGAGGUGAUCUCUGACAGAGCCAGGUGGUCGCCAUGUUGCAGCAUCCCGACAGGCGCAGCCACCUCGAGCAGGACAUGCUGCGCCUUUGCGAGCUGUGCCACGUUCCGGACACCACCGACCGCUACAUAUUUGUGGUGCUGCCUGACUGCCAGGCAUGCCCGCGAGGCGAAGCGCCUUCCGCCCAUCAUAUGCCAGGACCGUGGCUUCACGGACGACGAGCGUUUCAUGCUCAUGAGCAACGGGUGGCGCAGCAUUGAUGAGCCGCAUGUGAGCUAUGCUGCUCUGGCAUUCUUGGCGUGAGCGC